UCCAUUCAGGUUUUUUUGUAGACAAAUUCUCUGUUCCAUAUUCUCUCCCUUUCCUUCAACUCUGUAAGAUAAAUACAGGAGGCAUUCUCAUUUGGUACUUUGGUCCUUCUUCUCCUUUCUCUGCACAAAUUUUCUUCUCUCUCAACCCUUCAAACAGCCCACUUCGAUUUCAAAGGAGGCGGGCUAGUGCCACUAUUCAGAGUUUGCACCUCUGCCUCUCCAUUUUCCCGUCAAACCUUUGGUUUAGUUCAAUCUCAUAAAACUGACUUCAAUCUCAUAAAACUGACUUAUAGGAGUGCCCAUGUAAUAUGGAUCAAGAAGAUAGCAAGAUUCACCCAGUUAAUCCUACUGAACUUUCUUCUAAUCCUCCCGCAUCAGGGAAAGAUGAGAUGACGGGCAUUGAGAAUUCUUUGUCAUCUGGAAAGGAUGAUAUGCUGGGUACUGAGAAUCCUCCAUCUUCAAGAAAAGAUGAUGUGAUGGGUGAUGAGAAUCCUCCAGAAGUAUCGCCUAAUUCUAUGUCAUUAGAAAAAGAUGGUACGGUGGGCACUGUAAAUCCUACUGAAGUGUCUUCCAAUCCUAUGCCUUUGAUAAAAAAUGGUAUGAUGAGCACUGAUAAUCUUCCGUUAUCUGGAAAAGAUUAUGAGAAGUGUGCAGAGAAUCCUCCUGAUUUGUCUUCUAAUUCUCCAACGUCAGGAAAAAAUGUGAAUCUUCUGUCACCAGGAAAACAUGAUAUAUUGACCAUUGAGAAUCUUUCUGAAGUGACUUUUGGUGAUCUUUCUUCUGGAAAAGAUGAUGGAAAGAAGGAUAUUGAUUCUCCUGAAGGAACUAGUAAAUCAGAUUUGAGUGACAAGAAUACCCCGCAAUCAUUGAAGGCAAAAUCUAAAAUUGUUAAGAAAUCUCAAACUGGUAAACUUAAGGGGAAGAAGAACAAUGUUUCUCAAAAGAUUAAUAGGAAAAGAAAAAUUAAGACUUCUAAAAAAGUGGUGGAUAAUGUUGAGAGUUGUCAUAAUGCUGGUGAGAAACAAGUUUCAGACGUUAGUGAGCUCAAGGAAAAUAGUGAUGAACCAUCUGAGGGCAAGGGUGAGGAGGCUGAAAAUAAAAUAAAAAAAAGACAAAAUAAGAGCAGUGCUGACAGAAGUCCGAAGGAAGAGUCAGACACUAGCCAACUGAAGGUUACUGAUCCUCCUGAAGGAUCUAGUAAACCAGAGUUGAGUAACAAGAAUACUCCACAAUCAUUGAAGACAAAAUCUAAAAUUAUUAAGAAAUCUCAUGCUGGUAAACUCAAGGCUAAGAAGAACAGUGGCACUCAGCAGAUUCAUGGCAAAAGAAGAAUUAGUAUUUCCAAAAUGGUGUUGGAUAAUGAAGAUGAGAAACAAAUUUCAGACAGUAGCCACCUCAAGGAAACUGAUAAUGAACCACUGAAGGGGAAGAGUCAGGAAGGUGAAAAGAAAGUAGCAGAAAGCCAAAACAGGAGCACCAAUGGCAAAAGUCGUAGGGAGAAGAUCCGGCAGGCUCGUAAAGAUAAGACUAGUCAAUUGGAUAACACUGAGCAAAAUCUAGAGAGUGAAGAGAAGCAUAGGGACUCAAGCAAGGGUUCUAGGAGUAUAAAAACCAAAGUUAGGAGAGGUGGCACGGAAAGGAGUCAAGUAAAUGACAAGAAGGCUGAAAGGCUUGGUGGUUUCAUCUUUAUGUGCAAUGCAAAGACAAAGCCUGAUUGUUUCCGCUAUCGAGUCAUGGGUGUUUCAGCUGGUAAAAAGGAUGAUGUUUUACAAAUCAAACCUGGGCUUAAACUUUUUCUUUAUGAUUUUGAUCUGAAGCUACUGUAUGGUAUUUACAAGGCUUCAUCUUCCGGUGGCAUGAAGCUUGAACCCAAAGCUUUUGGUGGCAAAUUUCCUGCUCAGGUACGGUUCAAAAUUGUUGCUGAUUGUUUCCCACUACCAGAGCGCAUUUUCAGAAAAGCCAUCAAGGAUAAUUAUAAUGAAAAAAACAAGUUCAGAACAGAACUUACUGUUAGACAAGUGAGGAAGCUCACUCAACUUUUCCGACCAGUUGAAAUUCGUUCAGCUAUGCACCCUGUCCACUCCCAGCCAAAGGUAAUAAUUCGAGAUAGGGAAUCUCCCCACAAUGUUAGGGGAUCAUGGUCCCGGUUGCAGAGGGAAAACUAUAACGUGCAGUCUCUUAAUAGGGAUCAUCAAUUUGACCUACAAGAGGAAAUUGCUCAUGAUCUGUUUCCAAUGGAGAACAAUCGUUCGUAUGGUCUACCAAGAUAUAGAAGGAAUGUGGGUACCACAUCUCAUAUUACUCCUAUAUUGGAAUCUUAUGACAGAGACUAUCAACCCCAUCACCUAGACCAUGGCUACACGAGAAAUGUUCCUGCUCAUGUAGAUUCCGUUCGAACUGAUCAUCUUUAUUUGAAUGACAGUAGGGAUUCUCUGUUUUUGAAUGACAGUAGGGAUCCUUAUCAUGUCUAUCACCAUGGUGUUUCACCUAGGGAUGCAUAUUUGGCACCUUUAAGUAGGGAGGAAAACUCUUAUUUGGUUGGGCGAAGACCUUUUUCUGGGACGGAUAACUUCCCAAGGAGAGAGGCUGAACGAGAUAGGCAUUCUGAACGAGAUAGGCAAUACCCAAUCUAUGCUGCACCUGAUGCUUUGUCUGAUCAUCUUCGGCGGCCAUAUCAUGGAGACAAGUUGGAAGCUUCACGGGCCCCAGUUUCUUCUCGUUACUCUUUUGCUGGCCCUUCAUUUCGUCGCCGCUGACUUGAUGUAUUUCUGAAUUCCUGUUUUAUGGCUCUUUAUCUCUUAAAUUCUGGUGACUGACUGGUAGAUAUUUUAUAAAGAAAACUGUAUGCAAACGUACUUGAGCCCUUCUGCAUUUUGAAAAUAAUAUCUGCAUGCUUAGAUUUUAAUCCUGGUCAAUAUGCAGCAGAUUGUCAAACCGUCCCAACAUUGUAUGAUGAUUGCCUGCUGUAGAACUUUAACUGAAGGGCCAGUUUUGAUAACAAUUGGUGAUUACUGGCUUGGUUAUGCGGCUAGUUACCAUGUACUGCUUUAAUGAAUAGAGAAAAAAGGCAAGCAUCGUUUCACUUGAUGUAGAAACUAAGAUGACUUAUGUUGCCGUAUUUUGUAGGCCAGUAAUUUGGAGAAAGCAUACAUGAACAGAGAAAUUUCUUUCAAACUCAUGCAUGCAUUUGGAUAACUGCUGGUUUCACUGUGACUACAUCGGAAGCUAAAGGGUCUUGUAUACUGUUCGACAUUUGUCAUCUUUUAUUUGUCAUUUCCUCUCUUUUCACUUAUUUAUCUGUGAACUAAAUUGGAUCCUCAGACUAUUGUACUAGAAUAAAAAAAUUAUUUUCUUUAA